GCUUGUUGGCCCAAGAUGGCGUCGGCCGAGCUGUCUGCGGGCGACGGCGAGCUGUGGCAGAGCUGGCUUCCUAGCCACGUCGUGUUCUUGCGGCUCCGCGAGGGCCUGAAAAGCCAGAGUCCGGCCAAAGCGGAGAAGCCGGCUUCGCCCUCGUGCCAGCCGCCGCCGCCGCCGCCCCACUCGCUGACGAGGAACCUGGUCUUCGGCCUCGGAGGGGAGCUGCUCCUGUGGGAUGGCGAGGGCAGCGCCUUCUUGGUGGUUCGCCUCCGAGGCCCCAGCGGCGGCGUGGAGCCCCCUCUCUCCCAGUACCAGAGACUACUUUGCAUGAACCCACCUCUGUUUGAAAUCCAUCAAGUCUUGUUAAGUCCAACACAACACCAUGUAGCGCUGAUAGGAGUGAAGGGGCUGACGGCGUUAGAGUUGCCUCAGAGAUGGGGCAAGGACUCUGAGUUUGAAGGUGGAAAAGCAACUGUGAACUGCAGCACCAUACCGAUUGCUGAGAGGUUUUUCACCAGUUCUACCUCUCUAACCCUGAAGCAUGCUGCCUGGUACCCAAGUGAGAUGCUGGAUCCCCACAUAGUGCUGCUGACGUCAGACAAUGUGAUAAGAAUUUACUCUCUCCGUGAACCUCAGACACCUAUUAAGGUGAUUGUACUUUCAGAAGCAGAAGAGGAAAGUUUAAUACUCAAUAAAGGAAGGGCGUAUACAGCAUCCCUCGGAGAGACAGCAGUGGCGUUUGACUUUGGGCCGUUAGCAACCAUCUCAAAGAAUAUGUUUGGGCAAAAGGGUAAAGAAGAAUUAGUUGCAUACCCACUGUACAUCCUGUAUGAGAACGGGGAGACCUUCCUGACCUAUGUCAGCCUGUUACACAGCCCUGGGAACAUUGGGAAGCUGUUGGGGCCAUUGCCUAUGCAUCCUGCCGCUGAGGACAACUAUGGCUAUGACGCCUGCGCUGUGCUCUGCCUGCCCUGUGUCCCCAAUGUCUUAGUGAUUGCCACUGAGUCAGGGGUGCUGUAUCACUGUGUCGUGCUGGAGGGGGAAGAAGAGGACGAUCAACCAUCAGAGAAGUGCUGGGAUUCCCGGGUGGACCUUAUCCCUUCGUUGUAUGUGUUCGAGUGUGUGGAGUUAGAGCUAGCCCUGAAGCUGGCUUCUGCAGAGGACGAUCCCUUUGCCUCUGACUUUUCCUGUCCAAUUAAACUGCACAGAGAUCCCAAGUGUCCUUCAAGAUACCACUGUACCCAUGAAGCUGGUGUGCACAGUGUUGGACUGACUUGGAUUCACAAACUGCACAAAUUUCUUGGGUCAGAUGAAGAAGAUAAGGAUAGUUUACAGGAACUCGCUGCCGAGCAGAAGUGCUUUGUGGAACACAUUCUUUGUACAAAGCCGUUGCCAUGCAGGCAGCCAGCUCCCAUCAGAGGAUUCUGGAUCGUCCCGGACAUCCUAGGGCCCACGAUGAUCUGCAUCACCAGCACCUGUGAAUGUCUCAUAAGGCCUUUACUCAGUGCAGUGCACCCAGCAUCUCCUCCCCUGCUGUGUGCCCGAGAAGACGCUGAAGUGACAGAGUCUCCACUGCGGGUUUUGGCUGAGGCCCCAGACUCCUUUGAGAAGCACAUUAAAAGCAUCUUGCAACGUAGUGCUGCCAACCCAGCAUUUCUCAAAUCAUCUGAAAAGGACUUGGCUCCCCCUCCCGAGGAGUGUCUUCAGCUUAUCAGCAGAGCCACCCAGGUGUUCCGAGAACAGUACAUUCUCAAGCAGGACCUGGCCAAGGAGGAGAUUCAGCGGAGGGUCAAGUUACUUUGUGACCAGAAGAGGAAACAACUGGAAGAUCUCAAUUACUGUCGAGAGGAGAGGAAAAGUCUCCGGGAAAUGGCCGAGCGCUUAGCUGACAAAUAUGAGGAAGCCAAAGAAAAACAAGAAGAUAUCAUGAACAGGAUGAAGAAAGUGCUUCACAGUUUUCAUACCCAGCUACCAGUUCUCUCUGACAGUGAGAGAGACAUGAAGAAGGAGUUACAGCUGAUACCUGAUCAACUUCGACACCUAGGCAAUGCAAUCAAACAGGUUACUAUGAAAAAAGAUUAUCAACAGCGAAAGAUGGAAAAAGUGCUGAGUCCGCAGAAACCCACCAUUACUCUCAGUGCCUACCAGCGCAAGUGCAUCCAGUCCAUCCUGAAGGAAGAGGGUGAGCACAUAAGGGAGAUGGUGAAGCAAAUCACUGACAUCCGAAAUCAUGUCAACUUCUGACACGACCGAAGUCAACACAACUGAAAACUUUCAAACCCGUGCUGUAAAACAAACAGGUAGCACUAUCUAAUUUACAGAGAAGCAUUUUGGAUAAAUUUUGGCGUGGUUUUCUUUUGUUAUUCCUUUUGUAGUAUUUCAAUAAAUUUUUAUCCAAAAUUUUGACUUUGC